AUACAGUUCAAGCAAGUAGAAAUGUGCGCUUCAUCAUCUACAGCAAGAAGCUUUGCUGGAUACAUACAUCUUCCAUCAAACUCAUUGCGUAAAGUUGGCUUGGAUCAGAGCAAACCGAUUAAUAUCUUCUUCUGGUUUAUUGAGAGUCAAGAUGCCCCGGAAAAGGCACCACUUACUCUAUACCUGAACGGUGGUCCUGGUGUAACUUCUUCUCUACUGCGGGAAACUGGACCUUGUCAAGUCAAAGCCAACGGCAGAAGCACUCGCACGAAUCCCUGGUCAUGGAACCGAGUGUCUAAUAUGCUGUAUAUAGACCAACCAGUAAACACAGGGUUCAGCUAUGACAUUGCCGCGAAUGCUACCGUUGAUUUUCGCGGUAACGCAACCCUCCUUGCCUUUCCGGCCGCAGGGACAUCCGUAGCUCACGACAGCACAGGACGCCUGAUGCAAGUAGGUACCGUGGGUAUAGGUACCAUGGAAACGGAUACAGCAGUCAACACAACAGAGGCAGCGGUUCGCGCAGUCUGGCUUUCACUUUCGAUAUGGCUCCAGGAUUUUCCAGAGUUCAGAUCACCCAGCAACGAAGUUGAGCUUUGGACGGCUUCUUAUGGUGGUCAUUUUGCGCCAGCCCUUUAUGACUUCACCAUGGCACAGAAUGCCCUGGGUGUGUCUGGGCCGAGAAUAAGCUUCAGAACCAUAGGACUAAUGAAUGCAUGUGUUGACGCCUUGGUACAGCUACCAGCAUAUCCAGAAAUGGCCUACAAUAAUACGUAUGGGCUUCAACUUAUCAACAAAAGCACUUAUAUGGCUACCAAAUCUUCAUGGGAUGAGCCACUUGGCUGCAAGUCGCGCAUACAAGCUUGUCGUAAAGCGCUGGGCUCAUCACCAUAUCUAGGGGAUAAUGCUUCUAUCAACACUCUAUGUCAUGAUGCGAAUACCUUUUGCGGGAAAAAUGUCGCUAAUCUAAUUGGCGCCAGCGGGGCAAGCUUCUUUGACAUUGGACACAGGACUCAUUACCUCACAGAUCCUGGUCUAUACACAUAUAUUGGCUAUUUGAAGCAGGGGCACGUACAGGCAGCAUUGGGUGUUCCAGUUAACUUCACCGACGAGGCCAUCCAAGUUGCCAAAGCAUUUUCUCGUACAGGUGACAAUCUUCAUAGGUAUUACUUGGAAUCACUAGGUCGGGCAUUAGACAAUGGCGUACACAUUACUCUCGCCUACGGAGAUCGAGAUUAUGCCUGUAAUUGGCUCGGUGGUGAAGCUUUGUCGCGCUCCAUCCCUCACAAAAACAUCCAAGCAUUUCAAGACGCAGGAUAUCAGGCCGUGUGUUUCCCUCCUAUGGAUACUAAUGAGCGUGACCGCGGCGGAAAUGGCAUUGCCUCUGCGUAUGUACGUCAGCACGGUAACCUUUCCUUUACCAGAGUUCUGGACUCAAGCCAUACCAUCAACACAGACUGGCCAUCGGUGGGUUUCACGCUAUUCAAUCGAACCUUGACAGGCACAGAUACUGCGACAGGACUUAUUCCGCUGCGCCACCAAGAGGAGGAGAAGUCUAUCUAUAGCACCCAAGGACCCACGUCGACCUGGCAUAUCAAGAACAGGUUACCCAUAGACAGUAAGGAAGAGCAGGGCAUGUGCUAUGUGUUGGCUCUCUCUUUCUGUUCAGACCGGCAAUUGAAUGCCUACUUGAGUGGGCGAGGCACAGUACGAGAUUAUUGGCUCUUGGACUUCGGCGACGGG